AAAUCGAUUUGAACGACCACAACUUAACCAAUCUAAGCAAGCUUUGUGCAAUAUGUUACGACAGCGUCAACCUACAUUUAAUCAAAAUAACUCAACAUCAUUUAACGCAAUUCAGCAACAUCAACAGAUACGGCAGUCACAAGGACAACAAACACAAGGGCCUAUAAAUUCUGUAUCACAGCAAUUUAUUAGAGGAGGUAUGCGUGGAAUAACAUCGACUCAGAAUCAACUUCCCAGUGGUAUUAACGGAGUUAAUAUCUCUCAGGGCCUUAAUCAGAGUAACAUUAUGCCUGCGCAGCAAGUUACUGCACUAAAUAUGAACACUCAAAUUAACAACCAGGCUAUGGCAAUAACGUCAAAUUCGGGCAUCAUAAACACUUCAUCUAAUAACCAAAACAGCCUUAUGAAUGUACAAUCUGCAUCUGGAAUAGUUGGAUCAGGGAAUGUUUUACAACAGAAUGUUAACUUAGGCUCUGCCAAUGGCAAUCAGAUCCUGAUUAAUCAAGCAAAUAUUCCAUUUCAUAAUUUUAAUCAAUAUCAACAGCAAGGAAUGAUAAAUAACGGAGGAAGUGGCCAGGUUCAAGCGUCUAACAUGGUAAGCGCCUACAAUCAAAUGGGGCCGAGAAACAACAAUUCAGAUUAUCUCCAACAACGAGGAACUAAUAUCCGAGGGCAGUUUGUAAAUCCUACACCUAACGUGACAAUGGGUAAUAUUAUACAGAAUACGGUAUCUCCUUAUUCAAGGCAACAAGCAGCAAGUGGAAAACCUAGUGUGGCUUCAUCUCAGCAACAAUUUCAACAACAGCAAAGAUUACAUCACCAAAUGUUACAAAUUCAAGGUAAGAAAAACAAUUGA